CCUGGCGUCUGAGCUGACCCAGUGCGCGUCUGCCAGUCAGUCCCUCCGGAUCUGCCGCGAGUCUCAGGCUGCCGAAAUCACCGCGCUUCACUCGCCUCAACAGUGAUUCUGAGUCUGCUUUUAGCUUCCUUCGCCUUGGCUUUUUUUCUGUUUGUGAACAGCUGCUUGGCCCAUAGCUUACAGAAAGCAGCCUUUUUUCUCUCCCAAGAGUCUCCUCCCUCUACUCAGAGAGAUGGGGAGUGGGGAGCCUAAUCCUGCUGGUAGGAAAAAGAAGUACCUCAAGGCUGCCCUUUACGUGGGUGACUUGGACCCAGAUGUCACCGAGGACAUGUUAUAUAAAAAGUUCAGGCCUGCUGGCCCUCUGCGCUUCACCCGAAUCUGCCGUGACCCGGUGACCCGCAGCCCCCUGGGCUAUGGCUAUGUUAACUUCCGCUUUCCUGCGGAUGCUGAGUGGGCCCUGAACACCAUGAAUUUUGAUUUGAUUAAUGGCAAACCAUUCCGCCUCAUGUGGUCUCAGCCAGAUGACCGCUUAAGAAAGUCUGGAGUUGGAAAUAUAUUCAUCAAAAAUCUGGACAAAUCCAUAGACAAUAGGGCCCUUUUUUAUUUAUUUUCUGCUUUUGGGAACAUUCUCUCCUGCAAAGUCGUAUGUGAUGACAAUGGCUCCAAGGGUUAUGCCUAUGUGCACUUUGACAGCCUGGCCGCUGCCAAUAGGGCCAUCUGGCACAUGAAUGGAGUGCGGCUCAACAACCGCCAGGUGUAUGUUGGCCGAUUCAAAUUUCCGGAAGAGCGGGCAGCUGAAGUCAGAACCAGGGAUAGAGCAACUUUCACCAAUGUUUUCGUAAAAAAUUUUGGAGAUGACAUGGAUGACGAAAAACUGAAGGAAAUUUUCAGUGAAUAUGGGUCAACUGAGAGUGUCAAGGUGAUAAGAGAUGCCAGUGGGAAAUCUAAAGGCUUUGGAUUUGUGAGAUAUGAGACACAUGAGGCUGCCCAAAAGGCUGUGUUAGACCUGCAUGGAAAGUCCAUGGACGGAAAGGUCCUAUAUGUAGGGCGAGCACAGAAGAAAAUUGAACGUCUGGCUGAGUUAAGGCGAAGAUUUGAACGGCUGAGAUUAAAAGAAAAAAGUCGGCCUCCAGGAGUGCCUAUCUAUGUUAAGAACCUGGAUGAGACCAUUGAUGAUGAAAAACUGAAGGAGGAAUUUUCUUCCUUUGGAUCAAUUAGCCGGGCUAAAGUGAUGGUGGAAGUGGGGCAAGGCAAAGGGUUUGGUGUCGUUUGCUUCUCCUCUUUUGAAGAGGCUACCAAAGCAGUGGAUGAGAUGAAUGGUCGCAUAGUGGGCUCCAAGCCUCUGCAUGUCACCCUGGGCCAGGCCAGGCGUAGGUGGUGAGAAUAAGAAUGCUCAGUUUGUUUCAGCCUUAAGCUGGUGCCUGCUUAGUUUGGGCUAUUUUGUGAUAAGAAGUUAUUUUAUGCCAAUUCACAGGUUUUUUUAAGUGAGUACUUUCUUUUGAAAAAAAGUGAAACUAGAAAACCUUGUUCAUUUUAGUGAAGAACAUAAUUUCCAAUUGUAAAACUGUCAUUUUGUACUAUUUUUUGAUAUAAUAUCUAUAGGAAUAUGUAGAAUAAAGUCUAUUCCUCCACAUGUUUUUUUUUUCUUAAACCUGUCAAGGUGAGGUAAUUGAGUAUAUUUUCUUCCUUAUUUCAAUAAUACUACUAAAUUUAAUUUCUUCUGUGAAAUAUUCUUGAAAUGGUCCUUACUUCUGAGUCUCACAGAGUGAAAAAUUCUAACUUGCUUUUUGAGAAAUCAAUAAAGCAGGGAAAAAUAUAUGUGAUCCAAUUAGCAUUUGUGCAUAAUUUCACUUUAAAUUAUUAUUUAAAAUGAAUAUUCUUUUAAAAAGAUGUGAGCUUUCUUUUUUCCCUUUAUUUAUUUAUGUUUUGUCCUUUUUUAAUAUAUUGUGGGCGUACCACAGACUUGAUAGUGGCUUUGACUAAGUUUUGGGAGUUUUCUUUAUUAACUUCAUGCCCAGAGAAAUAAGCAUAUUGGUAUUUUCUCAAUCAGUAUCUUAGAAAAUUAACACUUUAGGCAUUGAUUAUUUAAAUUAUGAGUUUCAUAUUAAAAACUUUUCCUGAGAUUUGAUAUUUGAGAACAGUCUAAGGAGCAUUUUUACCAUUCAUUUUUCUAAACUCCUUAGAUCCAAGUAUCUACGCAUACUUGGAUCAUGUUAAAUUGACAAGAAAGAUGAAUAACUGCACUGAAUUGCCUUUACCUAUAGACAAUUUUAAAAUUUUACCUUCAGCCUUUAUUGUGUCAAUAUAAAAGGUAAAUAAUUAAUAUAAUGAUGUUGAAAGACUACUUUGAAGAACAUCUUUUAAACUUGUCAUCUCUUGUUAACUGUUGAACAUAUCCAUGUGAUAAUAUUCACAGAUGUUUCAAAGUUAAGGAAAAGGUUGUCUCUCUUGAUUAAAUCACAUACCUCCAUCUAUCAUAUGAGAGCUAUUAAUCCAGUAUGGUUCUCUUUAUGUCUGGCUGCUUAUAAAUUGGGACAAAAUGUUCAGUUCUAUGUUGCAGUUACAUUAUUUAGCCUGUAAUUUCUAGAUUGCAGAUUUUCCGUAUCUUACUUGCAGUUCCCUCUUCUCCCCAUCCAUCUACCUUCCAUCCAUAUUACACUUACUUCUGUGUUUUCUUUGGAUUGCCUUCCUUAUACUACAUGACAGUUCAAAUCCAUUUUGGAAGGAGAGAAAUAAAUACCUAAUUUAUGUAAAAUUUAAAUAAUUACUUGUUAAAAAUAGGAUUCACUCACACCAUAGAUCCAGCCAUAAGAAAAUGUUUUGUCUCUAUUCCCAGUUGGUUUUAUUACCUUAUAUAGAAAUCUUUCGUUUCAUGUAUAAUACAACAUAAAUAUAUGAUUUUGUUAACAUUUUUGUUAGCUAUUUGCCCAUAAAAUAAUGAGAAUAAGCUGUUUCUAUGUAAUUUUUUAUCCACAAAUUACAUGUAUAUUCAUUUUCAAAUAUUUUCAAAUGGACAUCACUGUUUUUAUUGAUUAUAAACAUAAUAUAUGCUCAUUGUAAAAAAAUGUAAACAAUGCAGAAAUUUAUAAAGAAAGAAGUAAAAUUCCCACAGUUCAAAGAUAACCACUAUUAAUAUUUUCAGUGUGUGCAUAUCCUUCCAUGCCUUUUUCUUAUGUGUACACACACUGUUUUACAAACAAAAAACAUAGUAUGUGUAGUUUUAUGUGUUUUUUUAAACUUUAAAGUAAAACGUAAUCAUCUUUUCAUGUCAAUAAAUAUCAAUCUGUAUCAUCA